AUCGUCUUGCUUGUUAUCAUGCCGACGAGCACGUCCCUCGCAGCAGUCAGCCUGAUGGAUGGGAGGGUGCGUGGCUUCACUACCUCAGCCUACCCUAUGCAAAACCAUCACCACCACCACCACCACCUCCUCCUCCUCCACCACCACUACUACCACCACUACCAAAGCAAUGCGUGUGCCAGACCGACAGGUGUCUCAAAGGGGCAAAGGAAAGAAAAUAAACCAGACGGUCAAAAAGAAACAGCAAAGAAGGGGACAGCAACACACCACAAGGAGUCAGCGAGGCGAGCUCAAUAACGACAAUAGCCACCGGGAACAACAAUAGCAACGAUGCCUCCCCGUCUUAUUGACCUCAACGAUCUGCCCAACCCUAAGAAUGGACAGACCACCGCCUCGCGUCAUCCAGAAUGGAAAGGUGAUGCAUCACAACCGCCCGGGGUCAAUAGCACGAGUGCCCCCGUAUCAGCCAAACCUUGUCGGAACGGCCGCCUCAUCCCCCGAGCCAGUGAAACCCAUCCAUCUAACCCUUCCCUCAGGGGCCAUCCUGUCGAUGAAUCGUCAGCGACCUUUCCAGAGCCGGGGGAUGAUCUCCACCAAGCACUCGGUGCAUCCCCAACGAAACCCUCCGACCCCGUAGGCCAGACCCCCGGCCCAGCAGCCGGGUGGAUACAUCCAGUUAUGAUCAAUCCCAGCCCAGCGCGAAAGAGCCAGAUGAGACAGAUGACCAGCCCAACUGUCAUCCGAGCUUAUUCUUCCUCCCGUGAGGCGGCAUGCCACCCAUCGCAGCCCGGCCAGCGCCUCCUCAUGCCAAUCUCCUACACAAAUGUGCAAUUGACUUUCCACUAGGGCCGCGCGGGCUGUCACUGGCAAGUCCCUUGAUCCCUCCCAGUUGAAUCCCAAAUUCCACCAGGGGGUAGUAUACCACUUCCCGGCAAAGACUAGAACUCUGAGCUCAGUGGCUCACAACGCGCAUUACUUGUCAACUGUAAACAGGGUAGAGUCACGGCGAAGUCCGGUGAGCGGUUUAACUC